CAAUUCAAGCAGAUACAAUCUCUCCCUGACUGCCUCCUCUGGCUGUUGUUGGGGUUUGUGGGGUGCUGUACAAAAGCUAGACAGUGGUUAUAGUUUCAAUUAUAUUUUGAAGAUUAGAUUUUCAGCUAGAGACUUACAAGCAUUUGGGCAUGGUUGUGUUGUUUUGCAGGGGCUCAGGUCUGAGGUAUGCUGGUGGAGCUAGGCAGGUUUUGCACUUGGCAUAACUUGCACAGCUGAGGGAAUUUUAGGUGUACCAAGGGGCCUGGCCAUGCUUCUUCCACACCCCUGAGGACAGCAGGUAGCACAGCCACCACAAGAGUGACUGUGUUUGCAGGGGAUGUCAGCACAAAGGGGUUGGUGUGCUGGAUGUGCUCAGGCACUCCCCAUUGCUCUGCAGCACAAAAAAACUACAGCACAGAGGAAGAUACAGCUCUAGACACUCUUCGCUGGGGAUUUUGUGAUCAUGAAGUCUUCUGUGAACUUAUUGGAAAAUAUAUAUAUAUUUAAUGAGCUAACAAAAAUCUUCUAUAGCAUAUUAAGUUGCACUAAGCUGAGAGAAGAGAUGACAGGAAUAGUUUAUAGCUACAAGGUAUGGCUUGAGCAAGCAAGGAGGCAGAGCAAGCAAGCCAAGAUGACCAUCUUGUGUUUGGGCUUUGGUUUUGGGCAAGUUUUUUCAGUUGAUAUGGCCACAUAAGUGAAAUGUUUUUUCCCUCAGCUGUUAAACUUUUUUACUAGAAGCCAGCUCAGACACACACACAUGCCUUUGGUGACAGAAAGAGCUGGACUCCUGUUUCAGCAGAGGUUAGAGUGCUGUUCUGUAUAGGGAACUUAGUCAAAAUCCUGCCUUGGCAUCCACAAGGGAUGGGUCAUGGCUCCUAGGGGCUGCUGGCUGAUCCCUCUCUGCCUACAAGGUGGCCACCUGUGUGUUCAGCGUGUCCCGUGCACCUGUCCCUGGUGCAGGGCUGAUGCUCGUGAUCCUGACUCAGAUUCACGUGGGGUUUGGAGGAGCCUCACUGGCACCAGAGCAUGCAGCCCAUCCCGUGCUGCAGGGUUCUGCUCUGCACACCCCUCCAGUUCUGCUGAGGGCUGGAAAUCCCCAAGCUGGUGCCUGCACCAUCUCCUCUUUGCUUUGUUUGAGUUUCUGUUUGCGUUUACUUCACGGUUCCUUUUCCUCCGUUCCACUUUGCCUUGGUUUCGUUCCUUCCUGCAUACCCACCUUAUUCUUUUCAUAUCUCUUUUCUGUUCUUUUAGUUUCCACCCUUCAGCCAAGCAUAUGCUCUGCCCCCUCUCAUCCCCAGUCUCCUCCUCCUGCCUCUAGUAACUGUGGUGCUCCUGCCUCUGGUGUCGUGCUCCCCCCACUACCUCAAGCCAGCGCUGUCUCUUCAGCACCCGCUGUCCCUGAGCCCGCCAUUCCAUCCCCUUUCCUGUCCCAGGGGAGAGCCAGGGAGCCCCCACAGUUCCUGCACAGGCACUCUGCCUCUGAGCUGCCAGCAGCCCCAGGUUCCUCCCCUCCACCCUGCCCAAAUGGCAGGACUGUCAUGCCAGGCAUCAGGCGCACCUCGCUGUCUCCACCUCCUCUCCAUCCUUCCCAUUUUCCCCUUCCCUCUCACCAGCCUCUCAGGGGCUCUUCUCUUCCCUGCUCUCCUCAGCCUUCUUCUCCCUCUGCCACAAAUGCACCAUCUCUGCAGAGGGGUGAUGCCCUGCAGCCCCGUGGUCCCACCAUCCUGCCUGUGAUUCCUGUCCCACCCGACAGGGUCAGGGCACCCACAGACAAAGCAGGGUGGGAGACCUCAGCAAAUGUACCCCUGAGCAGCCAUCCUGAAGAACAAAUUGCUUUAGGUCCCCCUGGAACCCAGGUGAAAAGUGUGGAUGGGUCCUUCUUUCCACACCUAGGAGCUGCGCCCUGCUGCCCGCUGCCCACCAUCGCCAGCCCCCCCGGCUCCUCUGGCCAGGCUCCCUCCCCAGCCUCCCUUGUGUCACCUUGUCCUGCACAGCAGUGCUGCCAGCCCAUGUCACACUGUCUUCCAUUGCCUCCCCCCCACGCUGCUGUGUCUGAGGUGGCUAUGCCCAGGAGGACUCCUCCUUACAUGACAUCAUCAGCCAUUGCCCACUUGAGCCCAGCGCUUCCACCCGGCCACCCCAGCGCUGCGGGGAUCCCCGCUUCCUCCGGGGGGCCGCCGCCGCCGCCGCCGCCGCCCGUGCCGCCGCCGCCGCUGGGCGCCGCGCCGCCGCCGCCGCCGCCGCUGCCGGCCGGGGCUGGCCCGGGGGCCGCCGCUGAGGACGGCUCGGUGUCGGGGCUCGCAGCAGCGCUGGCCGGUGCCAAACUGAGGAGAGUCCAGCGGCCAGAAGAUGGUUCAGGAGGGUCCAGCCCCAGUGGGGUCUCUAAGAGUGAUGCCAAUCGAACAAGUAGCGGAGGAGGCGGAGGAGGACUGAUGGAAGAAAUGAAUAAAUUACUGGCAAAAAGGAGGAAAGCAGCGUCGCAGUCAGACAAGCCAGCUGACAAAAAGGAAGAGGAAAGCCAAAAUGAUGAUGCUAGCACCUCUCCUUCAACCAGUACACGAGGCUCUGCCCAGCAGCAGCAAAAUUCAUCAGACUCUGGGAAGAAGCCAUGGGAAAGGAGCAAUUCUGUUGAGAAGCCUGUAUCUUCAUUACUUUCUAGGAUGAAGCCAGUGAGCAGCAGCAAUGAUGUGGCUAUGGAUGCCUUAGAUUUUGAUCGGAUGAAACAGGAAAUAUUGGAGGAAGUUGUAAGAGAGUUACACAAAGUGAAAGAGGAGAUAAUUGAUGCCAUACGGCAGGAGUUGAGUAGAAUCAGUACAACAUAGUGAUUGAAAGCCUUUGGACGGUUCUAAGAGUGCUAGGAAGAUUGGAUCAUUUCUAAGUGUACCAAGGUCAUGCAAGAUGGUGACAGAGGACACCGGCACUGUCUUUGUUCUUACACCCUUUUUAUUAGCAGACUCAGCACACUUUGAAGCUUGCUGCUGCCUUGGAUUCGCUUCAUUUUACAAGUCUUAAUCUAAAGAUUAUUAAAUUUUAAAUUUCUGGAUUUUUUAGAUUUCAUCUGACACUGCACAUUGGAUUUGUCAGCCUUUUUUGUAUUUUGUAUUUGCUUAUUUAAAUGUAUUACCUUUCUUUUUAGUAGUAGAUAAGAACACACGUGAACCAUUUGCUUUUGAUAGAUGACUUCAAAGUAAUUUUACUAGUAGUCUGCAAUGUAAAUGAAGAUCCUUUGCCAACAGAAAUGUAUUGAGGCAUCACCAGAAGAAAGAGACAUGUUUAGUUGUCAGCCAACAAGUUCUUUGUCUCAGAGUUAUCACAAUAUUAAAAAAUGGUACGUCAGUGCAUCACAGUAUCUGUGUUCAUAUUGGUAAUAAACUGUUUAUUGUCCACACG